UUUGCGUUGCUGCCACCAAGGCGUCUGUCUGCUGCUUAGAACAGAACAUCUGGCGACGAACAUGGGAUUUGGCGCGCAGUCAGUCGCUGCCGGCCAGCAGCAGUCACUAGGUUGAACCGUCCACGGUGCAAGGCAACACGGAGCCCUUGCAGCCAGGAUUUCAUCGACGGCCUGGAGCAGCGCAGGAACGCCGCGUGGAAGUAAGGCGUUACGGAGCCCCUGCAUGAACUUCAGCGGCCGGUUGGAGCAAGCGAACGAGCACGGGCAGUACGGACAAGGCGCAUCGAGGAAAUCCGCUCUACAGAUAAGUGAAGUUUGCUCAUUAUGGCAGAACCAGGCCAUGGCCCUAAGCUCGGCAGGAUGACAGAAUUCAACCCGAAAAUCGACAACAUACGCUCGUAUUUCGAACGCUUUGAGAACUACGUAGACAUAAAUGAUGUCCCUGAAGAGAAGAAACUUAAGCUGUUUCUCAACGUACUCGGAGCGGAGGCAUAUGAAGAGUUAAAGAAGAUAGUCGUGCCUCAUUUGCCGUCUCAGAAGACCUUCGGGGAAGUUAAACAGCUUCUAGAAGGUCAUUUCAGCCCAGCUCACUCAAUCAUUGCAGAGCGUUGUAAAUUUAAUCGUCGAAUGCAACAUGAAAAUGAAGGUGUCAAAGAUUUCAUCACGGAACUAAAGCACCUGGCAAGAGAUUGCAAUUUUGGCACGUUUCUAAAUGAUGCACUAAGGGACAGACUGGUAGCUGGUUUGCGUGACGAAGAAACGCAACGGGUUCUUUUUGCACAAGCAGACCUGACGUUUGAGCUGGCAUGCAAAACGGCGCUAGAGAAAGAGCUAGCUGCACAACAGGCAAAGCAAAUGCAUGAAUUUGACGGAAAACCGCACAGCGUCAACGCCGUUCGCGGCGAACGACACCGUGAUAAGGGAAAGGAAUUGGGGGCAGUAUCACGGUCGAAAGAUAAGCAAGAUGAAGAACUGCGUAGUGCUUGCUGGCAUUGCGGAAAGCGUCAUAGGGCAGAAAAAUGUUGGUAUCGGAACCACACUUGCCGAAAUUGUAACAAAAAGGGGCACUUGCAAGCCGUCUGCAAGAAAGGAGCCAAAACAAAGGCUGUGAGAUACGUCGACACCACGGACGACGAAUCCGAAGAAUUGAGCUGCCAUACCGUGUUCUAUUCAGGCAAACAUUCAAGGGGCUACAGCGUAGACCUCAAGAUUGAAGGGAAAACUGUCUCUAUGAUAAUUGACACGGGUGCAGCGGUCACGAUCGUACCAGAGCGUGUGUACAGACAGUAUUUUCCGCAUGUAAAAUGCGUCGAAACAAAUGUGUCAUUGUGCACUUACACAGGGGAAAAGCUGAAAGUGCUUGGAAAAGCAAAAGUUUUGAUAGACCAUGAAGGAAGCGAGAUCACUUUGCCCGUAGUGAUAGCACAAGAGAACGGAACGUUGAUGCCCGCUCUACUGGGAAGAGACUGGCUGGAAAAAUUAAAGAUAAACUGGAAAGCAGUGUACAGUAUGUCCGCGGAUAGAUCACUGGAUCAAAGGGUAGAUGCAUUACGGAAGAAGUAUCCCCAGGUUUUCAAGAGCGCCCCGGGCAUCGUCAAGAACUACGAAGCUCGCAUCUAUGUAAAAGAAGGGGCUCAACCAGUGUUCUCAAAAGCACGGCCAAUACCGUUUGCGAUGAAAGAGGAAGUAGCAAAGGGGUUGGAAAAGCUUGAGCAAAGCGGAAUCCUGAAGAGGGUCACGAAAAGCGACUGGCAACACCUCUGGUGGUGGUCGCGAAGAAAGGCGGCGCAGGAUUACGAUUAUGCGGCGACUACAAGGUCACGGUUAAUCCUGUUCUGAAAACUGACCAUUACCCUUUGCCAUUGCCGGAAGAUUUGUAUUCUAUGCUUGCCGGAGGAAAGAUCUUCUGCGUCCUAGAUCUAUCGCAAGCCUAUCAACAAGUGCCGCUAGCUGAGGAAAGCAAAGCGUUGUUAACUGUGAACACGCAUCUCGGAUUAUUUCAAUUUCAGCGGCUUCCGUACGGCAUCGCUAGCGCCCCGGCUAUCUUUCAGUCAUUAAUGGACGAAGUUUUAAAAGGGAUUCCAAAAGUGGGCUGCUAUAUCGACGACGUCAUCGUCGUAGGCGACAACAUAGACGACUGUCAACAAACCGUGGAAAAGGUGCUUGAAAGACUGGCAAAGCACAAUAGCACAGUAAAAGAACAGAAAUGUGAAUUUUCAAGCAGUCCGUCGUUUAUCUUGGGCACAAAGUGACAACUGAUGGUAUUUUUCCAACUGCGACAAAGAUAAAAGCAAUCACGGAAGCACCUCAGUCAAGCAAUGUAACCGAACUGCGAGCCUUCUUGGGCCUGCUGAAUUUCUACGCAAAAUUCAUCAAAGACUUAGCUACAGUUGCUGCGCCAAUGUAUGAUCUACUCAAAAAGGACAAGAGUUGGGUUUGGACGGACGCAUGUUCAAGAUCGUUCGUGGAAUCUAAGCAGCGUCUCAUCGACAGUGAAGUUCUGACAUUUUACGACGUGAAAAAACCGAUCGGAUUAAGCUGCGACUCGUCCGCCUACGGUCUUGGAGCCGUUAUUUUUCACGUCAUGCCCGAUGGUUCAGAGAGACCUAUCGCCUUUGCCUCCAGAACAUUGAACGCAGCGGAGCGUAACUACGCACAAGACGAGAGGGAAGCCCUGGCCAUGAUUUUUGGUUUAAGCAGGUUUCAUAGAUACCUGUAUGGACGCAAAUUCACGCUCUAUACAGACCAUCAACCGCUGUUGGGCAUUUUGGCAUCAGAUAAGCCAAUUCCUUCUCUGGCUGCAGCGAGGAUUCAGCGUUGGGCUAUCACCUUAGCAGCUUAUCAGUACACGCUACGGCACAAAAACGGCAAAAACAUGGAAGUUGCUGACGCACUUUCAAGGCUGCCACUUCCAGUCAAGCAUAAAGACGACACCAAAGAAUGUCUUGCAGUCUUUGAUUCAACGCCUCUCACUGCGAGCCAGGUGGCGGGUGCGACUAAAAGGGACCGCAUUCUUUCCAAAGUAGUGCAGUUCACCUUAGCUGGCUGGCCCGCGCACUACGAUGAUCAACUGCAGCCUUUUUACGUUCGUCGAAACGAACUAUCGUACGAGCAAGGCUGUGUCACGUGGGGCCAACGAGCCAUCAUUCCGGACGAACUUAAAAACGCAGUGUUAGCAUUGUUGCAUGAAGAGCUCCCAGGAAUGCAAAGAAUGAAGAUGCUCGCGAGGUCUUUUGUUUGGUGGCCGUUGAUUGACAAAGACAUCGAAGCCAUUGUCCGUCAACGUAAAGUGUGUCAAACGACCUUGCCUGCGAAGGCACCAGGACCACUUCAUCCAUGGACUUAUCCAACUCGUGUUUGGCAGAGAGUUCAUGUCGACUUCGCCAUGAAGGAUGGCUCGAACUUAUUCCUUCUAGUAGACUCCUACUCAAAGUGGAUAGAAGCAAAAUGCCUCCGUACUACAACGACAUCAAAAUCAAUCGACUGUCUCAAAGAGAUAUUUGCAGCCUAUGGCUACCCGGAAGAACUGGUUAGUGAUAACGGACCUCAGUUUACUUCGCACGAGUUCUCUGAUUUCGCCGCUUCUCACGGAAUUCGACACACUCGUACGCCACCAUACCAUGCUUCGUCGAAUGGGGCAGCAGAAAGGCUAGUUCAGACAACAAAAGCUUCUCUACUCAAGCAAGUGCUUUACGAUAACUUAACAGGCCAGCACAGAACUCUGCAUCAGCGAUUUAGCGACUUCUUGCUUGCUUACAGGAACACCCCAAAUUCUGUAACGGGAAGAACGCCGGCUGAGCUGUUCCUGAAACGACAACCUCGAGUAAAGCUUUCGCUCUUGAAACCAAGUUUUGUGCAGGACAUGAGGAGUCGUCAAAACCGAGACGCCACACAUCGCAACGAGGGCCGAGGAAGGGACCUGCAGAUGGAAGUUGGUGAUCCAGUUUUCGUGAAGACUACGAGAGGGGAAACCCUGUCGUGGGAGGAAGCUGUCCUGGCACAACGCGUAAGCGACUCUACGUUUGUAGUCAAGGUCGGAGAUCAUUUUCGUUUUGUCCAUAUCGACCAUUUGAGACCCAGGUGGACAUCUGGACCAAAGACCACCCGGACAUCUGGACCAAAGAUCUACCCGGACGUCGCGCAAGAAGCAGAGCCCGCUCUAAGUGCCAGUAGUCAGCAGGACUUUACAACAAACCUUCCAGAACGUGAGACCUCUGGUGAAUCCAUGGUUAGUGGUCCUACUGCGGAACAGCUGGACGACGUACGCUUAGGUGACGCCACUUCAAGAGAGCAACUGGCAUCUCAGCCUGAGGCAGAACACUCAGCAGCGCAGCCCUCAAACAUCACCACGGCUACAGCCAUGGCAUCACCCGAAGAGGCCCCUUUGCGAAGAAGUAAUCGCACAAGACGUCCACCAGAUCGCUAUCAAGCCUCCAAUUAUGAACGCGAAAAGAAACGCGUGUAGCUUUAAUUUAAGGAGGGAGGAAUGUUCCGUACCGGCCACGGGCUCUGAUAAGAUUGUAUAACCCCGAUGACGUGUGCUCGUUCGGCAUGCAGUGUUAUCUAUAAAAGAGCGCUGCUGUCUGGGAAUAAAGGCUUUUUGCGUUGCUGC